GCUGCUGGCUGUCGCCGGAUCAAGGUCUUGUGUUUGCAUUUAUUGCCCCAGCAGUGUCCGUGUUUACGGUCAACGUCCUUGUCCUUGUGCUCGUGAUGUUUAAGUUCAACAAGGUCAAGGCCAACGAAAAGAAGACAGACAAUCAAAAGAUAAAGUGCAACAUCCGGGCCUGCAUGAUCCUCCUCCCAGUGUUGGGGCCGACAUGGAUUGUGGGAGUGUUUGCCGUGAACAGCUCCACUGUCCUGUUCCAGUACAUCUUCUCCCUGCUGAACGGACUGCAGGGGAUGCUGGUUCUCAUCUUCCACUGCUUACUCAAUGAAGACGUGAUGACAUCGUGGAAGAAGAAAAUUGGUCUCCGCCAAAGUAAAGUCCACACAUCGGAAGUGAAGGUCACUACACCGACACAAGAUGCAUGGACGGGGCAGUUCCUAAAGCCAAAACGAGGUCUUCGGAGUGUUCAGGACAUUUUCACUGUAACAUCAUCCAAACUGAAGCAAAUUUCCUAAGAGACCCGAGUCCCUGCCGUUUGUUGAGGACACUGUUUGAACAGGCCAAACUUGCCCAAAGCGAAGUAUGACGAUAAUCAUGGCAUCGCCUGUUUCAAAUGUCUUUGGCGAUAAACAUAUAUAGUUAAUCGCUUAAGUUUUAAGAAAUAAAAUAUCAGGAAGUGUUUGAGGACAGUU